ACAGAAGGUAAUGGAUGCAAAAGAUAAUGUUGCUUGCGGUUUCUUUGUAUCUUUCUUCCCACCCCACUGCUCCGGCAAACAAUGUCCACGGAAGGCAGGAACUCCUGAGAAGAUGAAGAGGCUGAAUCCGGCUAACCUGCUUCGCUUGGCUGUGCUGCUCCUCAAUUAUCUCUGGAGAGCUUCAACUGUUAAUGUGCGCACAUGUGAGGGUUACCCAGGACAGGGUGAUGUGUAUCACUCCGGCUUCCACUGUCCGCGAUUAACUGACUCUCAAGAACAUAUGUACUGCUGCUGGCCUGGAAAUGACUCCUUAAAAUACUGCUGUAUGCACGAAGAGUUUGAAUCUGUGAUGAAAGUCAAUCUAUCAGAGAAGCUCGCCACAUACAUUUAUAGGAGCCCUCUCCCUCUGCUUGGCAUUGGCUUCUACGGACUCUUGAUCCUUUCACUGAUGGUUGUAGAUUUCAUCUAUUACUACAGAGUCAAUAAGACUUCUUUCUACAACACGUUGAGUCACACGUGGAUCGGGAAGCAUCUUAUCCUUCCUCUUUUCCAGAGAAACCUGGAAGACGGCAUUCAACAAAGGAACAAAGGUGUUACGGCAAGGAUGACAGCAGAUGCCAGACAUGACGAGAACAGACCUUUAGAAGCCAAUGUGUGAGGAUGCUGCGGGGGUUGAUUCACAAUGGAUUGCUGAUAAACAUUACCCUGCUCGCCACAGACAAAGGACAUAUUUAUUUCACAAUAUGACAAUCAGAAGCUUUACGAAGACACUUCCUUUUAUUCUGUUUGUACAAACAUUACAAUGGAUGGUUGCUUUAAACAAUGUACUACUCUCACA